GACACUCCCAUCCAAAGUGUACAUGGAGAUGGAGCAAACACCAUACACUGAGGAUGACCGGAGCACCACCUCCACCUCCACCACAACCACUACCCAGAAAUCUGACUCGCAACACGCCGCCACCCGCCACCCAGUGUACCGAGGCGUGCGGAAGCGACGGUGGGGCAAAUGGGUGUCUGAAAUUAGGGAGCCACGAAAGAAAUCACGCAUUUGGCUAGGGUCUUUCCCUGUGCCUGAGAUGGCAGCCAAGGCCUACGACGUCGCCGCCUACUGCUUGAAAGGCCAGAAAGCGCAGCUGAAUUUCCCCGAAGACGUCGAGCACUUGCCUAGGCCCUCCACGUGUACGGCUAGGGACAUUCAGGCAGCAGCAGCUAAGGCAGCACAUACAAUGAAGUCAAAUAGUACUACUCCCAAGGAAAACGAUCAUCAUCAUCAUCACCAUGAUCAUGAUGGAUUGGACGGUGAUGAUGAUUUUUGGGGUGAGAUUGAGCUGCCUGAGCUGAUGAAUAGUGGGUGCCACUGGAAUUCAUCAUGUGGUUGGAAUCCGACUGCGUCUUCAGGCGACGCAGCAGCAUGGCCAGAAGGAGAGGCUCCACAACAAUUUAUAGGGAUGGUGCUUGUCUCUGAUUAAGAAUUGUGUUGUGGUUGGUAUGGUCCAUUUAUGUGUAUCAAUUGAGUUAGGUAGAUAGCUUUGUGUGAUUCACUCUAUCUUGUGCUUAUUUGUUGUGUAGUUCCUCAAGUUCCAAUAAAUCCAAGCAUAAAUUUGAACUUAA